CGAGCGCUUCGCUCGAAAGAACCGAUUCAAAGCGACGAUUGGUUCGCGAUUCGAACAGCACUACUUCGGGCUUCCGUAGCCGAAUGGUCCUUACUACACUUUCUUCCAGGCGUUUGUCGUUCAGUUCAUUUGCUUUCCCAAACACACGCAUGUUUUAAGGCGAGCCGGGCGUGACUACACCCGGAAGGAAGGAGCAAAGCCGUAACACACGCCCGUUCAGCUGUACCGAAUCCGCUGCUAGGGACAUCGUGAAGUGUCAUGGAUGAUAGCUAGCACGGACGCUAGAGUUUCGCUGUAGAGCAGAAGUCCUCGGACCGACCAAAGCUCGCGAUGUCCGGCGAAAGCAGCGGCGAGGACUCGGACCGACACCUCGAGCGCACCGUCAAACACCAGAUCACCAGCGCAAACCUGACGGGAUACACUGAGAAAGUCGGCAUGGAGAACUUCGAGCUUCUGAAAGUGCUGGGCACUGGAGCUUACGGGAAAGUGUUCCUGGUCAGAAAAAUCAGCGGACAUGAUAAAGGCAAACUCUAUGCCAUGAAGGUUUUGAAGAAAGCAGCCAUCGUUCAGAAGGCCAAGACGGCUGAGCACACUAGAACGGAGCGGCAGGUAUUGGAACACAUCCGCCAGUCUCCCUUCCUGGUCACGCUUCACUACGCCUUUCAGACGCAAACCAAACUGCAUCUCAUACUAGACUAUGUGAGCGGAGGAGAGAUGUUUACUCACCUGUACCAGAGGGACCACUUCUCCGAGGAUGAGGUCAGGAUCUACGUGGGAGAAAUCAUUCUGGCCCUGGAGCACCUGCACAAGCUCGGCAUCGUGUACCGGGACAUUAAGCUGGAGAACAUCUUAUUGGACAGUGAUGGUCAUGUGGUUCUGACAGACUUCGGGCUGAGUAAGGAGUUUCUGGAAGAGGAGAAAGAGAGGACGUACUCAUUCUGUGGCACUAUAGAGUACAUGGCUCCAGAGAUCAUCCGAGGGAAAGCUGGCCAUGGCAAGGUGGUGGACUGGUGGAGUUUGGGGAUUCUGAUGUUUGAGCUGCUGACGGGAGCGUCUCCGUUCACUCUGGAGGGAGAGAGAAAUUCCCAGAGCGAGGUGUCCAAACGCAUCCUGCGCUGUGAGCCUCCAUUCCCCUCCAUCAUCGGACGCUUGGCUCAGGAUCUCCUGCGAAGGUUACUGGUGAAAGACCCCCAUAAGAGGCUGGGCUCUGGACCCCGAGGAGCCGAGGAGAUCAAGUCUCAUGCUUUCUUCAAGGGUCUAAACUGGUCCGACUUGGCAGAGAAAAAGGUUCAGAGUCCAUUCCGACCUGAACUACGUAAUGAGUUGGAUGUGGGUAACUUUGCGGAGGAGUUUACAGGAAUGGAGCCGGUUUAUUCCCCUGCCAGCACUCCACCCAGUACAGACCGUCUGUUUCAGGUACCUGCACAUGCAGACACACCUGUCCUGAGUUCCUUUCAUGCAGACAAUACAAUACAAGCUAUUUCCUGCCACAUGCUUCGCCGUGGGUCACGUGUUGUCCCUCUGUGUUUUGACCUGCUCCGGCAGAACGUGCUGUUUGCUGACGAGGCGGAUGACUCGGUGUUGAAGGUGAUUGAUCUGGGGUUCGCGCGGUUGUUUCCGAGCGGCAGUGCGCCCCUGCAGACCCCCUGCUUCACCCUGCAGUACGCCGCGCCGGAGCUCUUCCACAGCUCGGGAUACGACCAGGCCUGCGACCUCUGGAGCCUCGGGGUCAUCCUGUACACCAUGCUCUCUGGCCAAGUUCCGUUCCAGAGUGAGAAGAAAGGAAUGACGUCAUCGCACGCAGCUGACAUCAUGCACAAGAUCAAAGAGGGAGAUUUCUCAUUGGACGGGGAAGCCUGGAGGGGCGUGUCUGAAGAGGCCAAAGAUUUAGUGAGAGGUCUGUUAACCGUAGAUCCUGAGCGCCGGCUGAAGCUCUCGGCUCUGAAGGAGAACGCCUGGCUUCAGGGCGGUGGUGUCAUGUCCUCCACCCCUCUCUGCACCCCUGAUGUCCUGGAGUCCACCGGCCCCACCGUCAGGACCUAUGUCAAUGCCACCUACAAGGUCCAGUAUCUGCAUUUGACACUGUAUUGAGUACGGAUGCACCCAAGUCAAAUUCUUGCAAGUGCAUGUGGAAUAAAAGCACAGACAUGAGUUAUUACACACUAGCAGUACCAGAUGGAAAUAUUUUGAUGUUGGCACAUUCUCUCCUUCCCCAGCGUAUUAGAUGAGUCAGUUCAUCUACAUCUUACCUGGAAUAAAAUAUAAAACACGUUGCUGAUAAAUGCAUCUCGCUCAGAUACUCGCAUUUGAUGAUGCAAUAAAUUCAGAAUUCACAAUAUUAAAACGUUUAAUUCAAA